CAUCUCGACGACCUUCUCGGUAGGGGAUCCAUCGCCUCUCCUCUCUGUAGCGAUAUCGACCCUUUUUUCUGAAACCCAAAAUUUUUAUUUAAUUUUAUAUAAAACCUAAUUUUUCAGAGUGUAAGAGAGAUCGGCCAUGGAGGAUCAAAGCUCUCGCCCUACUACGUGCCCUCACUGCGCUGGCCCUCUUUCAAAAGACAUGGAGACGAGCAGGUGGACUGUUGCCCCCUUGAUCCGAGAUAGUUUCUCUAUGAUUGGUUCUGCCGUUGGUGCAACAGCUAGCGCAUUCUAUGGAUUUAAUCAUGCUAUGCCUAUUGUGAGGAGAUAUGUUAAAGGGCCGAUGUGGGUGCAUUUCUUUAUUGGUGCUCCUCCUGUCAUCGUCUUCUCUUCUGCAUGUGCUGGAUUGGCAGGUGGUGCUGUUCCUGCUCUAGCGCAAUUGGUGUCCUCAUCAUACCAUGCAGCCACUUCAUCCCCUUCACUUGCUCGCUCUGGUGCCCAAGACGACAGCAUGCACAAAACAAGAAACUCUUCUCCUCUGUAGCUUAUUUCUUCUUUUUGCCUGUCUGAUGCUUAUCAAUCUUUUAUAAAGGAAUGGAUGAAAUCCUGAAGUUAUCAUCUUCGAGCUUUUCACAACAAUGUUUAUAUUUUGUCUUCCGGCUAUACGUGCAGCUUUGCUGUCUAUAAUUCUGAGAACAUCUUUGUAAAUGGAUCUUAUAUUUGCCCUCGUGGUUAAAUUGACCCUUUAUUUUCUUUAGAUAUGAAAAUACAACCAUGUAUUUUAAAUCCCAAUAAUAGCUGAAAUGUGAUGGGUUUGCUAAA